UGACCUCCGUGAUUGGCGGGCGUGAUGUGGCUCCUUUCUGUUGGUUGGUAAAUAGAGACCUCGUUUUUUGCGUGACGUAUAAGGAGCGCGACCGGCAUUCCAAACAGGUAUCCCUCAGCUCUCAGUAUCAUGGUUUUACUGCCACCCAGCUUGACGGAGGAGGAGGAGUCUCUGCAGCGGAAGUAUGCCAAGCUGAAAAAGAAGAAAAAAGCACUGCUUGCCUUGAAGAAACAGACAUCCACUAAUCAGACAGCCCAGGCCGGGAUCAAAAGAUCGAUGUCUGACCAGCCAGCAGUGGAUACGGCCACAGCUACAGAACAGGCUAAGAUGCUGGUGAAGACUGGAGCCAUUAGUGCUAUCAAAUCUGGUACCAAAAACAGUGGAUUCAAGCGUUCCCGGACUCUGGAGGGCAAACUUAAGGACCCUGACAAAGGCCCAGCUCCAACUUUCCAGCCCUUCCAAAGAAGUGUCUCUUCUGAGGAGGACCAGACCGAGGCCUCACGACGUACCCAGAGAAAGUCACUUUAUGAGAGCUUUGUAAGCUCCAGUGAGCGAUUGCGAGACCCUGAAAGAGAGCUGGAGGAUCGAGAGAGUGACAAAGACACUCGACGUGGAGAGAGAGAGUCAUUUGACAGAGAACGAGACCGCGGCAGAGAUCGGGAGCGCGAAAGAGACAGGGAUCGGGAAAGAGACCGCAGUGAUAAAGAUCGCGAGAAAGAGCGGGAUCGCGAAAGAGAAUUCCAUAGAAGGUCAGAUACUUUCUCGGACCGCCGGGGUCCCAGAAAAGGGAACACCGUAUAUGUUCAUGGUGUCGGCAUGAAGAAGCAGAUGCUCACAGACGCCUUCUCCAAAUUUGGGAAAAUUAUCGACCUUGCCAUGGACGAUCAACGAAAGUGUGCCUUUGUUACAUUUGACAAGAUGGAAUCUGCAGAUCAGGCCAUACAAGAGCUUGAUAACACCACGAUCGAAGAUGUCACGAUCAGUGUCAGCAUCGCUCGGAAGCAGCCGAUGUUGGAUGCCGCCAUUGAGAAAUCCGUCUGGGGCCAGUUGGCCGUCCAGAACAGUGCGAAGGGUUCCCACAAAGACAAGAGGGCACAGGUCAGCUAUUCAGAAGAUUACUUCAGUGCAACUCCAGCAGCGCCCAGCAACAAUCCCGCCUGACCAGACGUCAUCACCUGGGCGUAGUGUGGAGAACUUGUCCAUAAAAAUAGGUCCUUGUGUUGUAGCUGGGCUAUACUGACAAGAGAGCUGUGUCUAAAAUAUGUUUGAUGUUGUAUAAUAAACUGUUGUUUGGUGUCAU